AUGUUAAAGGCUUGGGGUCCAGCCCUUGGAGCUACUGAUUACCAGCCACCAGAAGUGAAUGUAGAUAAAGAGCUGGAAAUGGACCGUGUUCAAGCUGGAAGCCCUGAAGAACCAGAUGUGAAACUGAGAAAUCAAGAAACACCAAAUAAAGGCUGGGAAGAUGGCUCAGCAGCCAAAGAAAUGAGAAAUGAAGGUGACACCAAUGAGCCAGACACGAGACUGAGAAACGAAACAACAAAUGAGAGCUGGGCAGGUGGCUCAGUAGUUAAAGGAAUGUCGAGUGAAGGUGACGCCAAUGAACCAGACACGAGACUGAGAAAUGAAACAAACGAGAGCUGGGCAGGUGGCUCAGUGGUUAGAGGAACGUCAAACGAAGGUGACGCCAAUGAGUCAGACACGAGACUGAGAAAUGAAACAGCAAAUGAGAGCUGGGCAGGUGGCUCGGGGGUUACAGGAACAUCGAAUGAAGGUGACGCCAAUGAGCCGGACACGAGACUGAGAAAUGAAACAAAUGAGAGCUGGGCAGGUGGCUCAGUGGUUAGAGGACCGUCGAGUGAAGAAAUUCCAUUAGACGUUCUGUCCAAAAAUGUGGUUCCUCUAGUCCCAGAAUUCUUGGACACAUCCCAGGACGUUGAAAAGGCUAUUGACCUCAUGGUCAGCAAGACACUUAACGUGUCCAUGGAGGAGCAUGAGGUCCCCCAGCAGAGCGAUGACAUCCCCAAGCUCUCAGAAAACACCAUCUAUCCCAAGCAUGGAAACAUCCCCAAGUCCUCACCAAAAGCCACCCAUGUGAAGCCAGGUGACAUCUCCAAGGCCACAGCAAAAACUACCCAGCCCAAACAAGGGAACGUUCCUAAGGCCUCAGGCAACACCAUGCAGGCCAAGCAUAGGAAAAUCUCCAAGCCCUUGACAAAAGCCAUCCUGCCCAAACAGGGCAUCACCCUCCAGGCCACAGCACUCGCUAUGCAGCCCAAGGAGAAUAAUGUCCCCAGGCCCUCAGACAACACCGCCAAACCCAGGAAGGGUAACUUCACCAAGUCCUCAGAUGACACUGUCCAAUCCAAGAAAGGUGACAUCCCUAGGUCCUCAGAAGAUACUAUUCAGUCCCAGGAGGGUGACAUCAAAUCUUCACAAGACACCACCCAGCCCAGAGAGGGUGACCUCCCUAGGUCCUCAGAGGAAGAGACCCUUCCGCUGGAGGAUCUGGAGGCAGACAGGGUGAAGGUGAUCACAAGUAAGACGGACUUUGAGGAAGUCCUCAAGGAGGCUGGGGAGACGCUGGUUGCUGUGGACUUCUCGGCCCCUUGGUGUGGUCCUUGCAGGGGAAUCAAGCCUUGUUUCCACUCCCUGUCUGUGAAGCACGAGGAUGUGGUAUUCCUAGAAGUGGAUGUGGACAACUGUGAGGAGCUGGUGAGAGACCUUGCAAUUUUUUGUCUGCCAACUUUUCAAUUUUAUAAAAAGGGAGAAAAGGUGGGUGAAUUUUCUGGAGCUCUCAUGGAAAAGCUUAAAGCAACCAUUGAAGAAUUAAAGUAA